AUGAGUCUUCUCGGGCAUGCAGCGCCUCUCUCGAGGCGGUUCUUGCAGGGGCGCACCACUUUCUUUGGUGAACUCGCUUCUUCUUGCGGCUUGUCCAGAACCGCUAGGGUCUUUAAUUCGUCUGCCCAAGUGCUUCCCGACUUUCUCUUCGAGCCGCGCCCGAAGAACGAUCUUUGUAGCUUUACAGCUGUCACUACGAGCUCCAUCUCUACUUCGCCCAGAAGCCCCACAGCCCGCCAGUCUGGUUCGCCGCUCCUCCAUGCACUCAACAGAGCGCGCGCGUUCUCAGGGGAGCCCUACCAGCCCGCUCUGCGACAUAAGCGCCGGGAGCAUGACGUCUUCGAUGACGUGGGCGUCGAGAUGGCCGUCGAUUUUCACGAGCUGCAGGCGUUCCGGAUCUUCCCGGACGUUCUGGACGAGUUCCAGCCAAUGGCGGAGCUCCACGUGGAGUACGGGGAGCACAGGAAGGUGAGGCACGGGGCGGUGCUGACGCCGGAGUGGACGCAGGAACCGCCGAAGGUCAGAAUCCCCGGCGGCCUCGACCCGGACGCCCGUUUCACGAUGGUGAAAGUCCCCGGCGGCCUGGACCCGGACGCCCGCUUCACGCUGGUGAUGACGGACCCAGACGCCCCCAGCCCGGCGGAGCCGCGCUUCGCGGAGUUCUUACACUGGAUGGUCGCCAACAUCCCGGGGACCGCCGCCACCGACGGCAAGCCUGGCCGUCAUCCGCCGCCGGACCUGGGCGGCAGCUACGUGUACGACCGUCCGCCUCUUUGGGUCAUCGAGAAGCGCCUCUGGCAGGACAUCUCGAGAAGCGGCGACGUCCUGGUGCCGUACAUGGGCCCCGCCCCUCCGACCGGACUGCACCGCUACGUCUUCGUCCUCUUCCGGCAGCCACGCAAGCUGCCCCGCGAGCACGUGGCCCCCCUGCAGCGGCCUAAGUUUCGGACGCGCCACUUCGCAGAGCGGUAUGGCCUCGUGCCCAUCGGUGCGACCUUCUUCUCAGCGGAGAAAGGACGGAGGGCCUAG